AAAAACAAAGAUCUAAUGUUAGUAGUAAAAGAACUUUACUGUCCCCGUGGGGCAAUUGGGUUUGCGGCGCAGUCUCAAGGCACUACAUGACAACAUAUAACAAAAAACAAUACGAUACAUUACAAAAACACUAAAAUACAUACAUACAAAUAAAAUACCAUCGGGUCUAACCCUGCCAGCUGGACAGAUAGCUUAUUUUAAUUGAUUUAACGCCCUAAUGGCUUGUGGUACAAAAGAAAAUUUUGAUCUGUUCUGAGGUGGGCAGAAACGACGCCUAGAUGGUAAUAAAUUAAAAUGGGAUGCUAAUGGGUGUGUGUGAUCGCAUAUGUUUUUGGCUUUUUUCAACAUUCUGUCCUUGUAGAUGUGUUUGAUGCUUGGUAAUGUUAUCCCAAGUAGCUUGCUAGCAGUAGUGACUGUUUUUCUAAUUAUGUUUUUCUGUGCUUGUGUCGCAUUUCCGAACCAGCAAAUGAUACAGCACGUUAAAACACUUUCAAUUAAAGCAGUAUAAAACAUCUGAAGCAUUUUGUUAUUGACAUUAAAAACAACCAAUUUCUUUAGGAAAUACAUUCUUUGCUGUGUCUUAGUGUGCGAAAGAUCAGUCCAAGAGUCCCAUUUAAGUUUGUUGUUCAAUACAAUGCCAAGAUAUUUAUAGUUUGUAACAACCUGAAUGAUCUCCCCAUUGAUAAAAGUAUCGAUUGUUUGCGGUGACUUUCUAAAAUCUAUGGACAUUUCUUUGGUCUUAGUGGUAUUUAAAAUUAAGUGUGACUUAUUGCACCAUUCUAAAAAAUAAUCUAAAACUGGCCCAUGAUCUACCUCCCCAUCCUGUAGCAGACUCACAAGAGCUGUGUCAUCCGCAUAUUUAAUAAGAUGCCUGUUUUGAAAAGUGCUAAUGCAUGAAUUUGUAUAUAAAAUAAAUAAUAAAGGAGAUAAGACACAUCCUUGUGGAGAGCCUAUAUAUAUGUUAUCAAGUAGUUCAAUUCUUGUAGAGACACAUCUACUGUUAAAGAUGUGCAAGAAAUGAAUAUUACAGUACUAGUUGGAAGCCGUGUCAGGUCUGUUAUUUUGAGAAUUAUUAAAACACAUUUAGAAGAUUAAACUACUGAAUCUAUCUCUGACAUCAUGAAUCGGUCUAUGAAUCUCAUCAAUGGUGAUGAUCAACAAAAUAAAGCUUCAUGCUGCAAUGCAUGCUGGGUAUCAUCGUAGUACUAAACUAAUUUAUAACUCCCAGCAUGCAUUGCAGUUGAUCGUUUUAUCUGAAUUUGUUUGAUGAUUGUCACCAUUGUUGAGAUUUGUAGGAUGAGUAAUGAUGUCUGAAUGUGUCAGCAUUUUUUCUGUUUGUCUCGUCACAGUGUAUUUACAAGCCAAAACAAUUAUAAUGGUCAAAAAUGGAUCAACAUAAUCAUGUUAAGCAGCUUCAUUUUAUAUCAUCUUGACAUCUUCACAAAAAGCAAUCAGUUUCAACUUAACUUUGAAACACAUCUUUCUUUUCCAAUGCACAUGUGUUACUACAAAAACACAUACAAACACUAAAAAAAGAAAAUAAAAAAUUAACUUAGUUAAUGUUGAGAGUCAAUGACCCAACUAAAGCAAACACUGAUCACAAUAAUGGUGGUUUGUUGAAAUUUCAAUAUUUUUUCAAUAUUAAUGGAGGGGGCAAACCUGAUAUUGAUUCAAUGCAAUUAACAUUGACAAAUCAACUGUUUUUAACAUUGUUUCAAUGGUUGCGUGCUAUCUGGGACUGGUACCCAUACACUCAUACUGUACAAAGAUGCUAAACAAUGCCAGAGAAGAACCUUUGACAUCUGUUGAAAAAAAGCUUAUUUGUAGUAAGGAAAGGCUUUACUGACCCUGAAGAGGUAAGAAAGUAAUGUUGCUCUUUGAGAAAGCAAAAAUGUUAAAAAGAGUGUCCCCGAUUCUCAUGGCACCAAAUUCUGAACAUGUCAGAGCAUGAUCACUUUACCCACAAAUCAAUUUAGGGCAGGAAAACAGAAACCAGCAACACUACGCAAAACAAAAGGUUGAGCGCAGAACUGAACGUGUCACACGUGGUCUGUUGAGUAAAACUCCCAGAUGUCUAUUCUAUGACAGCUGCUUCCCCUGCAACAGCGAGUGGGAGGGCCAGUCCCUCAUCAUUACAAGAGGUAUCGCAAAGCACAUCACCCUUGCUUCAGGGGAAAGUACACUAUACAGCGCUCCUCCUGGACAUCUGUUGAGAAAACUGAACAGGAACGCGAACGCACAUCUACACUCAUCAAACAGGAAGUUUGACACAUUCUGAGGUUUUUUCUACAGGCCAACCAGAAGAAGAAGUGGGGUGGGGGCCAGGCGCAUACUAGAUCGUCAAUCCCUGCCUCGCUAAAGUCAGUCUGCCGAAGUCACUGCAGCUGCCGGGAAGAAUGUCUCUAUCUGCUGACUAUUGUGAGGAAAAAGUGGGCAACAGGGAUGGGGGUGCCCUGGCCCAACAGAGGAAGCUGAUCUGGGGCUUGAUGGUUUGGUCCACCCUGCUGACUCUCGGCCUCGCCACAUCCAUAAUCUACUUACAGUUCAUUCCUAGAGCAUCACAGGAGAAGAACUUCACCUCAUCCCAUGACAACAACAAAGACACAGAAGAUAAACAAAUAAUAUUUCAACCAAAAUACCUUUCCACAGGGGCUGAUAGAGACAAAGUGGAGCAACUCCAGUGGGACAAUGGAGUUAUUAAAUCUCAAAGUUUCAUCUCUGGAGAGACACAGCUGACGGUUCAUAAGGAUGGCCAAUAUUUCCUCUACCUACAGGUCACCCUUGACAGUGGGGAUAAGGGACAGAAAUAUGAAGUAACUGUGGAAGCAAGACAAGACACAAACUUGCGUCAUCUUUUAUCGAGUCAUAUCAGUAACACAAACCUCUCGACUGGUUUCAUGGGUAAAGGAAUCACCUUGAAUAAAGGAGAAAUUAUAACUGUAACUUGCAAGCCUAAAGCCAAAAUCAAAACUGAUGAGAAACACACUUACCUGGGUGUAAUCAGGAUUGGAUAAUCCUGAAUCUAAUCCUGAAUCAGCCCUGUAUCAUGAAACUGACGGAUGACAAUAUGAAUGUGGACAGUAUGCUGGGAAGCACUGAAAUACACACUGGAUGGAGUAUAGAGAUUUAAGAGAUGUAUUUUUCCCUGAAGAGGCUGUCUGCCUUCAUUGCACUAUAUUUAAGCUUUUUCUCCACUCAGUGGACACUUUGUAUUGCUAUGUAUUUCUACAUGGACACAAUGGAGCAGGAUUUUUGAUCCCAACGGAGGAUCGGGAACCUGUGUUUGAUCACUAUGUGAAUAUUUAUUAUUCAAUUGCACACAAGGGAGAACGAAGAGGCUUUCAAACGUAUCUCCCUUUAAAAAAGUAAAAGAAAAUGAAGCUUUGGCCAACUAAGAUGUUACUGCUCAGCUGGCAUAUCAACAUGAAUCACUGAAAUUACAGUAUUUAUAUUUAGUCAUUUAGACGUAUUAUUGUGUGUUAUAUUACGGCCCAGCUAACAGAAAAAAGUUCUAAGAACGUUCCCUGAAA